AUGUUGAGCCACCAGAUCGAAUUCAGCAAAUCGAUACAGGAGAUCUACAAACCCAUAUCCGGUCGUAUGUCCGACCCCGAUAGCGUUAUAGCUGAAGGAAAUCCGGAAGGUAUCCGAGCAUGCGAGGAAUACGAAGCAAUCGUUCGGGAUCUACAAGAUACCUUGUCACCCGAACUCGAAAUGAUCGAAACAAGGAUUAUCAAACCUGCCGACGAACUAUUAGAAAUCGUCAAGAUCAUACGAAAAUCCCUUACCAAACGUCAGCACAAACAAUUGGAUUUCGACAGGCACAGAACCGCGCUUAAGAAGCUGCAGGAUAAGAAGGAGAAGACGCUUAAGGAUGAGAAGGCUUUAUAUAAGGUGGAAGGCGAGUUAGAACAGGCCACCCAGGAGUUUAACUACUUCAAUGAGCUGCUGAAGGACGAGCUACCCAAGCUCUUCAGACUCGAAAGGGAAUUCAUUCGGCCGUUAUUCCAGUCAUUCUACUACAUGCAGCUGAAUGUGUUCUAUACACUGCAUGAGAAGAUGCAAGCGAUUAAUAUAGGAUAUUUUGACCUUACGCUGGACGUCGAGGAAGCCUUUAACAAGAAACGAGGAGAUAUCCAAGAACAAGCCGAAGCGCUGACAAUCGUCCAUUUCCGAACCAGCGGAAACAGGGCUUCAAACCUUAACUCUCGACAUAGCAAGUACGGGAAGAAAGCGGAGGAAGCCAAAAAAUACGGAAAACCCGCGGCGGAAAGUGGGUCAGGAGAGGCCCCACCGCCUGCCUACACCGCCACCACAAAUACGGGCGAAACAAGCCUGGGGAUGUCGGCUAUCGCAAAGGCGAAAGCGAAGCCUCCACCGCCAAAACCAAAGCCGAAGGCUUUCGCUGUCGCGACACCGCAGGCUGAAACGGUGACGGCUCUUUAUGAUUAUGAAGCCCAGGCUGAGGGCGAUCUUAGCUUUAGCGCUGGUGAUGUUGUUGAAAUCAUACAACGGACAGGAAAUGAUAAUGAAUGGUGGACAGGUAAACUGCGAGGCAAGACCGGCCAGUUCCCUGGCAAUUACGUCAAAGUUAAUUAG